GUCUGGUGUCCUGUGGCAGCUGGCUGAGGCUGGCGUGGUGCAGGAUAUCGAGUACAUCGCUGCUGUCUCUGGGGGUGGCUACCUGCUCAGUGCCUUCGCGAGCCACAUCGUUACUCAAGAAAGUCCGACAUCUCCCGAUGAGGUCGAUUCUUGGUACAAGCAAGUGGUGGCAAAGACGAUUGUGCGGCUUCAGAGGAACGCUGGGAACUUCGUCCGCGACUGCUUCC